CAAGACGUUUGUUUGGUUAGUUGAAGGUAGACGCAUCUAUGGUAGAUCCGUUUUUUUUCUUCAUACAAAAAACUAAUUGGUAGGUACCUUAAGCACUCAAUUCCAUUUUCAACGCUGGCCUAAAAACCGCGCGGACAAACGAAUUAGUAUUUUCGAAAUGAAAUAUUGCAAUUGAUUUGAGAAGAUAAGGAAUUUAUCAAUAUACUACCAUACGACUGUGAUAUGUCUCUGUAGCAAAUAAAUAUGCAUGUGUGUAUAUAUACAAUAUACAUAUAGAGUUAGAGGAGCUAUUAGCGUCAAAUUAUGUAGUAUUAGCCUCAUCCCAAUACUAUCGUAUUCGAAGCCACAAAAACAAAUUUUGGUUCUUAUUCCCCGGGGCCGAAGAGUGUGGAUAGUAAUUCAUUAUAAAUGAAUCCAGUUAUUUUGAAAUAAAAUGGUGUACGUAUAAAGAAAAAGGCGUUUAAAAUAAACAGAGAUUGUUAUGUAUUUUAAUCAUAUUUUAUCCAUAAUAUUUUUAGAAUUUUGUUCUGACUGCUUCUGAACCUCUUUUUCUCAUUAGUUCAACUUGCUCCAACUAAUAUAUAGUCAUGACUAAUUACACUGAUGUCGACUUGAUGAUUAUGAAAAGCAACAGCACAACAGGAGUCACUUUUGACGACGGAGGACCUUAUGCGAAUGGGUACUUAAUUGGCAACUGUUCAAUUCAACAAAAUACAUACCAAACUGAGCGGCCGCCAGAAUUUCACCCCACCGAAGAAGAACAAAUUUUAUCAGAGAUAAAGAGAGUGAUCACGGAAACAAUAGUUCCUGUUGUAUAUUUUUUUCUUUUCGUUAUAGGUUUUUUAGGAAACUCACUGGUUCUUUACGUUUCUUGUUUUUUAACAAAAAAAGCAAAAAGUGCGGUCGAUAUAUUUGUUGGUAACCUGGCCCUGGCCGAUCUUGCUUUGCUUACUACAUUACCGUUCUGGGCCACUACGCACAUGAUUGAAGGUGUUUGGGUCUUCAAUGACAUAGGAUGCAAAAUAAUGAGUUUCCUUACUCAUUUAAGCAUGUUUGCAAGUAUAUUUUUCAUCACGGCAAUGGCUAUUGACAGAUACAUGGUAGUUGUGAAAGCUGUAAAGGUACGAGCAAAAAGUCUUCGAACCGUUUCAAGAGCAGUGUGCUCAUGUGUAACAAUUUGGUCGUUUGCUGUUGUAUUAUCGUUACCUGCCUUUGUCUUGAGAAGAGCGAUCACCAAUAAUAAUAAAACGUACUGCAGUUGGAAAUAUCCUUCAGGCACAUCCGAUCUAUGGUGGGCGCUACACAUCGUGUUGAGAAAUAUCAUCGGCUUCAUCGUACCCGUGGUGAUAAUAUGCCGAUGCUAUUGCGUUAUUGUUGCUUAUGUGAAAUCCCGGGCAUCUUCAUUUAACCAGUUACCGGGGAUUCAGCGAAAUUGUCGAGACGGAGGUGUGAAAAAUAAACAGCAACAGCAUGUGACCCGUCUUGUGACGACAAUCAUCGUCGCCUUUGUCAUAUGCUGGCUGCCGAAUCAGAUAUCAAACUUCUGUCACAGUUUGUUCCAUUUCAGAGUUAUCCCACGACCAUCAACAAUGAGAGGCAAUCAAUACGUCUACAUUUUCCACGUAAUUACAACCGUGCUCAGUUUUUGCAACAGCGUUAUCAAUCCCAUGAUAUAUUCAACAAGUCCGUCUCAUCGAAUGCAUUUGAAGACCCUAUUUCGAUGUAUCAACAAGAAACAGAGAGAAAACGAGAUGAGAGCUGUGUAUCACUCUAUUAGAGUAAAUGCGGAUCACAGUCCGGUUACAGGACCGCGAGUAACCGAAAGUACCCGGUUGGUUCCAUGUAACGAAUAUAUCGGACUAGACUUAUCGCAUUCGCCAAUAUUCUCCGAGGUAUCACAAAUAAAGUCGACAGUUGCACUUGAGCCAAUCAGAAACAAUGACACGAACGAGAGUUUGUCGCUUCAUCAACGUCGUCCAACUGGGGUGACUGAUUCUCCGCCAAGAAUAAUAAUUAACUGCGGUGGCUCUGUUUUGACAACUGGCGAAUGUCAAAUUGAUAUUGACGAAAGACCUUCGAGCUUGGAAAUGACUACAGAUAACGAGAACGAAGAAUAUUUUGCUACUGGCCAACGAGUAUAAGCAUUCGAAGUGAAAAAACAGUUCUAAAUGUAAUUUUUGAUCCCAUCUAUUUACCGAUGCCGUGAUAUCAAUGACGCAUACCGAAUAGCAGUCUAAAAUAUAACUCAUUUUUUCAUUCGACAAUCGAGAAAUCUAUAACUAUUGUAAAAUUGUAAAGUCAUAAGGUUUCAUAAAAUAUUGGCUCCUAACGGAGCAUUGAAAAUGUUUUCAUUCUAGUGUUCUCAAUGUAACCGUUCAUAUGUUAUUUUCUGGCACAAAACACAGCCAAAAGAACAAGGUUUGUUACGCAUGUUGGUAUUGCUAGAACAAUACUUUUUGGUAGCUCCAGAAGUAUGUGCAUCAAGAUGGCGAACAUCCUGAACAUAGUAUGUGUACCAGGUUAGGGUUCAGGUUGUGCGCCAUCUUGGUGCACAUACUUCGGGAGCGCCACUUUUUGUUUAGUAUUGACUCGUUUGAAGUAUAUUGUGUUAAACUGAUGCUGGUUGCUGAAUUUCAAAAUUCAAUGUUGAUGUUGGCAUUUUCCAAAUGAAUUUAAUCACUCUAGCUCAAAUAUUAAUCAACAUAAUUUUGUUGCCUUUUCAACAAUAAUAUGUAAAAAAAAGGAAGUAUGCCAAAAGAAUGGGUUCUGUAAGUCGAGAGAGCACAAGGAUGCGUGUUGAGGUUUAUUCCAGGGAUAAUGAUCACGAUGCUACUGCGCGCCUAAUUUAAGCUUUGCUACGCCCUCAGCUGUAGGUAUAACCAACCAAAUUAGUGGGUUUGUCCAUAUAUUAUUACCACACAUGUUUACCUAAUGUAAUUGCGUCACCGACAGGUGCAAUGUCUUUUCAUCAAUUACAUAAGGCUUGAUGUUGUAAUAUUUUAACCCAUAUUUUUGUCCAUAGCCUAUAAGAGGAAACACAUAAAACACUUAAGACUUGCGAUCCAUAUAGACGGAAGGAAGUUGUUUUAUAUGCUCGAAUGUACUCAAAUAUUUCAUUGGUAUUCUUGGUUAUUGCAUAGUUAAAUAUGUUAAAUAUAUUCACGCGAACAUUAUGUGAUAUUCAGUCAUAUUGACUACAAAAUAGACUCACGAUAAAAUUACGCAAUGAACCAGCGAACAAUUGAUUAAGUUUUUUUUUUGUUUAUUCACCAGUAUUGUUUCUAUCGUCUAAUUUGUCAAUCUUUUUCAUACCAUACAUUACACAAUAAACUUUUUUGUUACAGUG